AUGAUUGGUUUUGGUGGUAGCUGGGCCGGGCCUGAAAACCCCUGUCCAGCCCAGCCCAUCCCCUCACCCACCUCAUGCAGCAUCUGGACAGUACUAGCCAGUAACCUCCUCCACUCUCAAUCACUGCGCUGGACGGCAUUGCAACCUCCUCAACUCCAAAUCACCCCGAUGGCCGGCAGCCUCUCCAAUUCCAAAUCACUGCGCUGA